UUCCAACAGCAUUUCUCACACAGAGUAGGCUAAAUGCAAGCAAAAUAGCAUUCAGGAGUGGACACUAUGGAUUUAAGUCUGGCAUGAUGUCAUUGAAGAUUAAUCAGUCUACUGAGUCUAGCAGGCUACUCUAAAAGUAAGCUGUAGGCUGUGUGUGUGCAAUGUAUUGUUGGAUUUGAACUCAGGAUAAGGAAGUUCUCUCGAAAUAACACAGGUCAUGUGAUCCGUUAUAUGGUUAUAGGUUAGCCAACCCACAAUUUUGACCCUUCGUGGGACCCGUAAAUGUAGCCUACAAAGAGUGUAGUGCGUUAGCCUAUGACCAAAAUUGACUAUCAGCUGAUUUAUUGGUGGUCUGCACAUGGUAGAUAUGGCGAGUGUCCAGGGUUGCAUGGAGCGGUAUUUCAUAGGAGUAGACGUGGGCACAGCCAGCGUUCGCGCGGCACUUGUUACAAGUGAUGGGCAGAUAAAGAGCAUGGCCGAAGAACCGAUCCACAUUUGGGAACCUCAUCCGGAACAUUACGUCCAAUCAUCUUCUGAUAUCUGGACCAAGUGCUGCAGCACAGUCAGAAAAGUGACAGAAGGCAUUGACAAGAUCAAAGUCAAAGGCAUUGGCUUUGACGCAACUUGUUCCCUGGUUGUUUUGGACCACAGCUUUCAGCCAGUUGCCGUUAAUCAUGAUGGUGUCCGUGAGAGGAAUGUGGUCAUGUGGAUGGACCACCGGGCUGCUGAGCAAGCAGUUCGGAUCACUGCCACUGGCCACAGGGUCCUGAGGGGAGUGGGAGGGGUGAUGUCCCCAGAAAUGCAGCCCCCAAAGUUACUGUGGCUAAAAGAGAACCUGAAGGAGAGUUGCUGGAAGGAUGCUGCUCAUUUCUUUGACCUCCCAGAUUUUCUGUCUUGGAAAGCUACUGGAUCAUUAGUAAGAUCCCUUUGCACUUUAGUUUGUAAAUGGACCUAUUCCCCUCCAGAAGGAUGGGACGACACAUUCUGGACCAGCAUCGGCCUCGAGGACCUUUUGGAAAACAGCUACUCCAAAAUAGGUGCCGUGACUUGCACCCCUGGUACUGCUGUGGGUGAAGGGCUUACACAAGAAGCAGCUGCAGAGCUAGGACUCGUCCCUGGCACAGCCGUGGCUGCCAGCCUCAUAGAUGCACAUGCCGGAGGGCUAGGUGUUAUUGGUGCUGAUGUGGCCGGGUUCCACCUACCAUGUGAAGAGCAACCUCUGACCUCACGCUUGGCCUUGAUUUGUGGCACAUCAUCUUGUCACAUGGCAAUCAGCCAGGACCCCAUCUUUGUUCCUGGUGUUUGGGGACCUUACCGGUCUGCCAUGGUGCCCACACUGUGGUUGAAUGAAGGAGGGCAGAGUGCCACUGGAAGACUGAUUGACUACAUGGUGAGAGGCCAUGCUGCUUUCCCCGAGUUGAAGGAGAAAGCAGAGAGAAGCCAAGAAAGUGUUUACUCCUACUUGAACAAACAUCUAGAGGCUAUGGCCAAAGACCCCGCUAACUUGGACCAGUUGACCAGCAGUCUGCAUGUGUGGCCUGACUUCCAUGGAAACCGGUCUCCUCUAGCAGACCCCACUCUGAAGGGCAUGGUUGUUGGACUCUCCUUGUCCCAGACCCUGGAUGACCUGGCCCUGUUAUACCUGGCAACAGUUCAGGCUAUUGCUCUUGGCACCAGGCACAUCCUACAGGCUCUGAAGGAGGCAGGACACUGCAUCACAACCCUCUUCCUGUGUGGAGGGCUGAGUAAGAACACCCUGUUUGUGCAGAUGCACGCUAACGCAACAGGUUUACCAGUGGUUCUGCCUGCUGAGAAAGAUGCUGUUUUGGUGGGAGCUGCUAUUUUAGGAGCCUGUGCUUCUCUUGACCACAAGUCCAUUCAGGAAGCCAUGGAGAAAAUGGCAAAAGUCGGCAGAGUUGUAAAACCAAAUCUUGAGCAAGACCAUUUCUACAGGAAGAAAUUUAGUGUGUUCCUGCGGCUGUUUGUCCACCAGAGGGAGUGUGCUCUUCUCAUGCAGGAGUGACCAUAAGAGGAAUCUCUCCUUUGCAAGUGAGAAGUGAGCAUCACCACACUACAAGAAGUGGCACUACUGACAUUUCAAUACCAGGGCACAGUUCUCCAAUAGAAUUUCACUUUUUUGAGACAUUAGAACUUGCAGUGUAAAACCUUUCAGCUGAUGCAACUGGAAGCGACUUAAUUGUUCUGAUAAGGGACCGCAACCAAGAUUAAUACAAAAUACAAUACAUUACAAUUCUAAAAGUAAUUUUACCAAAAUAAAUUAUUUUUACGAACAUGCUUUA